AAGAAGGAGUCCAACCAGAUGGACUGGUUUUGGGUUUUACCGACACUGCGACAUUUGUAGUCGUAAUAUUAGAUAUUAAGCUAUAAAAAUAUAAAUGUACUACCCUUUAUAAUGCUAUGAUUCCCAGCUAGUGGACCUCGCGUAAGGAAAUGCCGUUGUUUAUUCAAAAUAAAGGACUUGACCGCAUAAGGUCGACAGCGGAACUGUUCGACAAAUAUCCACAUUUACAGGAAAAUGCAAGAACAUUUCGCUCCAAGCCACUUGUUGAUGUCGACCCAAAGUGCCUCUUGUACGUCCAACAAAGAGAGUUUGCUGCCACAACACCAGCAGACAACUGUGUUUCAGUGAUUGGAUCUGAGGAUGCGACCACCUGCCAUCUAGUUGUGCUGCGACACACCGGAAGUGGAGCUGUUUGCCUUGCUCACUGUGAUGGUUCCAGCACCUGGUCUGAAGUCCCGCUCCUUGUGAAAGCUGUGACGUCACUAAGUAACCUCAGCAAGGAGGGCAGACUGGAGCUCCAUCUUGCAGGCGGAUUUAACGAUGAGUCCAAAACAUCCCAUAACCUGAGCCUUAACAUACUGGCAGCGUUUCACAAACAGAAAGAAGAAGUUCAUCUGGAAACCUGUUGCAUCACAGAAAUGAAUGACAUUGAUGUUGAUGGAGUUCACAGGCCUGUAGUUUAUGGAAUAGGUGUAAAUGUUAAAACAGGAGAGGUUUUCCCGUCAUCAUUCACCCAUAAAGGACCUGCAGAGAGGCUGCGAUCAGCAAGGACCUUCACUGGGGGACAGAUGGCUGACAUAUAUGACUCGAGUCGAGGACUUGUGAAAAUUGGCCCUUGCAAGUGGUCUCCAAACCUGGAUAAUGCCUACUGGUUGGCACAAAAUGAUGACACAAUUUUAAAGUACCUGUCCACCUCUCCGAUGGCUGAGCCGCCACACUUUGUCCAGCACAUGAGGACCACCAUCCAGUUCCUCUUAGAACACCCGAACUCAGACAGCCUGUUCCCCGGGGGUCAGCCUCAGCUCUACCAGCGGACUGAGAAGGGGGACUGGGAGCGGGUUGUCUAACCACAGAGCCCUCCUUCUGUCUCUCACUGGACCUUAACAUGGAACCUGACUGUUUCUGCCUCUCAGCCUCAUGGAUACACUGUGACCCAUCCACCCGCUGUCAGUUUUUUGUCCAUCGUGUCUUAACGUGACGGAAAAAGCCCCCAGCUGGACAAAACUACAUGUUAUAUGGUGAAUGUCUCUCCUGUCUCAUCUGGCUGGUCCAGUAGAGAGAGAAGAAGAAGUGAUCCAGCUCAUGCCUGUUCCACUUCAUUUUUACACUCUUAGGUUGUGCAAAGUCUGCAACUUCUACCAUCUGCUGUGUUGCAGUAAGUCAAGGUAAAUGUCCUGCUAUGCUGUGUUGAUUAGGGAAAGAACUCAUUUACAUUAUUGUCUUAUGUCCAUUUAUAAAAACCUUACCUUAUUGGGGUUUUUUUUUAUGUUUGUUUGUUUUUAGCCCAAAACCUAGGGUUGCACUUUUUCCAAAGCAUACUUUUUUCUAUUAAUUUCCUAGAAUGCAUGCAUCUAUUCUGCCCUACAAAGACUAACUGCAGUAACUACAUUUUUGGUCGAAAUUUAGUUUUAAACUAAAAAUGAACUCCUUGAUGUCUGUUUUAUCUCGUGACAAAGUUUAAGACUUCAAUUUAGCUUUAUUUCAGAGAUAUAAUUAUAUAAAAAUUAGAGCAACUACAAAAUCCAACUCAAAACCAAACCAGACAGUAAGUUCACUUACCACGGUCUGAUACAGUGGAGCCUUGUAUUUCUUCAUUGUGUUGAAUAGUGAAGACAAGAAUAAUAGAAAUUAUAAAUGUAUUUGAUAGGGAAAUUAUUAUCUAGAUAGCGAUUAAGUAAAAAAAGUGAGAUAAAACUAUAUGAAGACGAUAAUAUAACAUUAUUUUAUAAUGUUACGUCUAAAAUACAACAAAUCUUUGAAAAGUUGUUAAACACCUUUAAAUACAUUUAUAACAAAAUCAAUUUGAAAAUGUUUAUUCACUGAAAACAAAAUGUAAAAGCUGAAAGAAGACAACAACACUGUAGUUAUUUUACUCUGUUUUUGCAUCACAAUUACAACCUUUUAAAGUAAUGCAAAACCAGAGUGCAGUAACUACAUUUUGGGGGUCAGAGGUCAAAUAAAUCGUCAUGAUUUAUGAGCAUGAAAAUGACAACAUUUGUAGAAAUAGGUGUCAUAUAACUCACCUAGCCAUAACUCAUUUGGCUGGCCAGUUGGAAAAGGUUAAAAAAAAAAAAAACAUUAACCCUUUAUCAGGCAAAUAACUAUAUUUGGUAACUUCAGGUAAUAUUUCGAGAAAAAGGUUGCAAAUUUACUAGAUUAAAGUGGCAAAUCUGCGCGAAAAAAGUCGCAGAUUUACGAGAAAAAAGUGGGAACUUUUUUCUCCCAGAUACACCACUUUAACCCUUAAUAGGGCACUCAUUGAAAUACUUGCAAAUUCCAAAUUUCAACCCUAGAGAAUAUUGGAGGAUAUUACAUACAGCCAGAAUGUGUAAAAAAAAAAACAUAUGAAAAUAAUAUUUUGAGAAAAAAAUUUACGAGAUUAAAAUGGCAAAUCUACGAGAAAAAAAUGUGCAGAUUUAUGAGAUUUAAAGUGGUGAAUCUGGGAGAAAAAGGUUGUUUUUUUCCCACUUUUUUCUCGUAAAUCUGCAACUUUUUUCUUGUAAAUCUGCAACUUUAAUUUAAUAAAUUUGCAACUUUUU